GUAGUAAACAAACAGUAAACAACAGGUUUUUGAGUGGGUUAUUGUAACGAGUUUGGUUUUAUGCAUUUAAUAUUUUAAUUUUCGAUUUUCCUAUAAUUAAUAACUUACAAUGGCACAUUUAGUUAAAUUCGUAUUUUGCUUCCUUGUAGUGCUCCAAGUAGUGCCAUAUGUGUUGAGCAUAAAGUGUUGGGACUGCCGAUCCAGCAAUGAUCCUAAAUGUGCAGACCCAUUUGACAACAGUACAGUGCCAAUUACGGAUUGUAAUCAAGAGAAGGGCUUUCCGCACUUGCCGGGCGUGAGACCAACCAUGUGUCGCAAAAUAAGACAGAAAGUGAACGGAGUGUGGCGAUACUUCAGAGGUUGCGCAUACUUAGGCGAAGUCGGUAUCCAAGGAGACGAACGAUUUUGCCUGAUGAGAACUGGAACGUACAACAUCUUCAUCGAAUACUGCACAUGUAACAGUAAGGACGGAUGCAAUUCUUCCUCUUUGUUUAGUCCCAUGCCCAUGCUGUUGAUUUCAUUGCUGGCCGGAUCGUAUUUGUUUAAAUUAAUCUUAUAAGAAAAUGUUGACUAAAACUAAGAAAAAUAGUUUUAAAAUUAUGAAGACUAAAAAUAAUACUUCAGCACAACUAGUAUUGUAAAAAAAAGGUAUACAAAGUUACAAACAUAAGAAUUAUGAAAGUACUACCAGCAACUUAAACAUUAAAAUUAAGCCAAUACCUAAUGCAUUUGUUAAAUGAAGUUAAAUCUACUAAAGGAAUCUCACAUCACAUUUCGUGAAAUGUGUUAAGUUUAAUGUUACUGAUUGAUAUGAUUGAGUUUUAAUUACUAUCUUAUCUUUGUGACAUUUUAUUAUUUUUGUACUUAGCAGCCAGACACUUCUGGAUAAGAAUCUUACUUUUAAACAGUUUUCACAAAGAUUUAAAAGAAUGCUUUUGGUGAUAAUCACAAAUUUUAUUUUAUUUUGUUUUGUUCGGAAAAGACAGAAAUCCUUCUUCUGAUAAAAAAACACUAAGAAGAAAGAAGAAGUAAUCUUACCUAAAUUUUAUAACUGCAAAAAUGAAGGUUCUGCUGAUCUGAUCUUUGGUUGUAAGUAUAUUUUAUAAUUGUAGUAGUAUUGUAGUUACUAUAUUAUACAAACAUUCUAUUGCAUUUAUAGUGCUUAUGAUAAGUUAUAUGGUUACAUUGGUACUUGAUGAGAUGAGUCCAAAAAGUUUUUAUAAUGUGUAUUGUUUCAUUUAAUAUUAUGUAAUUAUGAAUUUUCUUUGUAAGUUAAUUAUGUGCAUUUCUUCUGAAGACCAAAAGCUAGAUAAGACAGAUUUUUUAUUAUGAGUAUCUAUCUAUGUAGUUAGACUGGGUUGAAAACAUUCAGAUGGCUACCACCUUUUCUAUUUUCUUUAAUGUGCAUGUAAUUUUUACUUUUAAGUUGUCAGCAAAGAGGAAGGUAAUAGCUGUUCAGACCAGGAACUGACUGGCAAAUAACACCUCGACUGAUCAUACCAACACUGAUAAUGUGUAAAAUUGUUAAGUAUUCAAUCCGUCCUGUAAUAACUGUGUCCGUCCAUUUUAAUUAUAAGAAUAGUUGACUUAUUGUAAAAUUUGAAAUAAAGACUUUUAUAAGUAUAUUUUUUAAA